AUGGAGAGCGGCCGGCACGGGCCACCCCUUCCCACAAGCUGGACAGGCCGCGCCUAUGCCACAGCAGGACCCGAAAAUAAGGGAUCACUUGGCCCACAAUUCAACGUGUCUGUCUACAAGCUGGACUCCAAACGCAUCACCACCUUCACUGUGGAGACUGUUGCUACCAUCUACCGAGCCCUGGAGGCAAGCAUCUUCCUGGACACCAGGUACCGCUGCGAGGGGGCCCUCAUCUCCCCAGAGUGGGUGCUCACAGGUGCCAACUGCUUUGGCAGCUGGCCCCUGUCCCUCUUCACUGUGACCCUGGGCCCAAAUCGACUGGCACUGGAGGCUUGUGAGAGCACAUCCAGCGUGGAGGAGCUGCUCCUGUCCCCAGGAGGGCCCGAGGGCUCUGGGUCUGGUGGCAUGGCCCUGGCCCGGCUGAAAAGCCCACCAUCGCUCAGCAGUGCUGUGCAGCCUAUCUCUCUGGCCACCUGCUCCCAGCCUUCCCCCUGGUGGCAGCUCUGCUGGGCCCAGGGGUUUGAGCCUGAUUUUGAUCCCUACAUCCCACCGCGAGAGCUGCACAGUGUCCCGCUGAAACCGCUGGACAUCGGGUCCUGCAAAGAUGCCUUUCGCCUCCAACCUGACUGUCUUGACCUGAAGCUCAGCCUGCCCAAGGGCUCACAGUGCACCAGGCUCCCCUACAGCCAUCCUGAACUGGUGGUGUCUGAUGGGACCCCCCUGGUCUGCCCCCAAAGUAGCCUCUGGCUGCUGCAGGGCAUGAUGACCUGGAGUCGCUGUGUGGGGACCCGCCUCCCUGAAGUCUACAUGCCUGUGUAUCCCUUCAUUCCCUGGAUCAGAGAUAAGGUCUCUAAGGCCACCUUCUACGCCUUGGCUAAGAAGUGCCCUUUGAUCUUGCCCAAGACCAAGAAGAGGAGGCAGUGA